AUGUCUCAUUCUAAUUCGCCUGAUUCAUUUUUGAAAAGAUCUUUAUUCAGAAACAACUCAUGUUCAAUUGGUAAGUCAUAUUGGGGUCUUAUUAGUUCUUCAUCAUCAAAUGUUACUGUUGCAGAAUGUAUUUUCUUAAAUAACAAAGCAAAACAUACUUUUGGUACAGGUAGUAGUGGUAUCAUAACAGUUAUAAACUGUACUGGUGAUGUUUUGACUGCAAGUAGUAGCAAUGAUGGUAUUGUUUAUACAAAUGAAAUGAAAGUAUGUACUUUUGAUCUUACACUUUCAUUGCUUUCAUUAGGAAAAUGUGAAGCAGCUCCAAUUUCAGUUAAACUUAGUUUGUGUCGAAGUAAUAAUAAUAAAAAACUUGUUUUUGAAGAUCUUUUUUCAUUUAAUUUUUCUCUCGAGUGUUUAAUAAAUG